UGUUUUGUAACUGUCUGUCUGGCCCGCGGACUCCUCCUCCACCUAACUGUCAGUAGCACGGUUCUGGUUGAGUCUCGUUUGCCUUGUGCUAGCAAAUACUGUAGCAGAUUUUUUUUGUGAAAGUGUUACGAAGAGCCAACGAAGGGGUUGGCUCUUUAUACCCGGUCCUGUCUACCACUAAAUUGUUGUUCGGAAAUGUAUAGGGCUGCUGGUUGCAAUUAGCCAAGUUAUCGUUCCAUUUGAGAGAGGUUACAUUUGACAGCUCGCCACCUGGGACAGGGAGCUUUGCCUCUGCCUUACCCAUGAUGGCGACCCAAGAAGCGGACAUGUCGCGGCGCAGUAUGAGGCUGGUUUUAGGGGGAUACUACCACCAGUCAUCAGACGAUGAUGAGUCCUCCUCAGUUUCCUACAGGGAGAGCCCCGUGAGGGUUUUUACUAAGAGGAAGACAGGUGGUCGUAAAGUGGCGGCCUCUCGUACCUCCAGCCGGGCCAACAGCGUGGCUAGCACCGCUAGCAGCAAGGGUAGUACAGUGGAGCCACCCAUCAAUGCUGAGGACUACAUUGGCGUCUCAAGCUUGGUUCAGAGAAGGAAGACCUUCCAGGAACCUCUUGCCCCAGCUCCCAGCCUGAACCUGGCUCCCAGCCCCAUGGGCUUCUCGUCCUGCCAGACCGGCCUGAACCAGGCUCCCAGCCCCAGGGGCUUCUCGUCCUGCCAGACCGGCCUGAACCAGGCCCAGAGCCAGAGCAGCGCCAUGGACAGCUCUGGUUACUCCUCUUCAGAGGCAAGACGUUACAGAGGAUACUCUGGGGACUCCUCCUUAAGCGAACAAAGGGCUAGCGCCAGCCAGAGAUCUGGCACUAACAGGACAAGUGCUCGUGCCAAUUGGACCCCUCCGUUUAUCCCGGCCGAUGUGGGGAAGGCCAUUCUAAUUGCCAUCCUCCUCAUCCUAUUGACCUUCGGCUGCUGGCUCCUUGCCCCCUUGGUAUGGGCCACUCUGACUUCAGCCCUGAAUGCUAUCACUAUGACCCUGAACCGACCUGUCAUCACCCCAACUCCGCCACCUGUCUUCACUACGCCACCUGUCAAGGCUAUGGAUGGAGCUUCGGUAUUGCAUUCUGCUCUGGAAGCCAAGAUGAACACCAUCCUGAGAGAAUUUGAAAUUCUUAAGAAGAAGGAACACCAGCAGAAAUUUGUAACCGAGAUGGUAGAGAGACUGCAGACAGACUUGGCAGACGUGAGAACAGACAUGAGGGACGUGAGAGUGAGAGUGGACAGUGUGAAUCCACUGGAUUGGGAGCAUCGUUUGAGCGAGCAGACAGCCUGCUUCAUCAGUCAGGUGGGCGAGCUGAAGGACCAACACACACACGUCAAGCAGCGAGUCGCUGCCCUGGAGGACCAGAGUGCCACGCUGGGGAAGCAGGUCUACUCUGUUCAGAACCAGCCUCCUCCAGCUCCCAACACCAACACACACCUGACCCCUGAGCUCGAAGAGGCCAUGGCCAAAUGGCUGCAUGAGAAUGUGCCCCAGAAUGAGCCACGGAUGGUGAAAGAGGUUGUGAAGAAUUGCAGUCCCCUAUUGGCUGACAGGAUGCCAGACUUUGCCUUGGAGUCCCAAGGUGCCAGUGUUGUGAGCACACGGUGUUCCGAGACGUACCGUACCCGCUCGGCAUGCGUGUCCUUCCUGGGUGUACCCCUCUGGUACCCCUCUGAGAACCCCCGCACUGUUAUCCAGGGUCAGGCGGUGCAAGCUGGGAAGUGCUGGGCGUUCUACGGAGCGCAGGGCACCCUGGUCAUCGCCCUAUCUCAUCCUGCCCACAUCACCCACGUCACACUGGAGCACCUCCCGGUCUCCAACGCGCCCACCGGACGCAUCGACAGCGCGCCCAAGGCCUUCUCUGUCUACGGUAUGUCCACUGAGACAGAAGACGGCACCUGGCUUGGAACCUUCACUUAUGACCAGCACGGAGGGGCAAUCCAGACCUUCCAACUGCCUAAUCCUACCAGGGCCAUCUAUUAUUUUGUGGAGCUGCGCGUUCUGAGUAACUGGGGUCACCUGGAGUACACAUGCGUGUACCGCUUCCGUGUGCACGGACACAUGGCCUCCUCCUCCAAAUGAGACGUUCAUCGUCCACCUCAACCGCAGACCUCCGAGGCUUCGCUUUCAUAUCAGACCAACGUUCUUUUUGCAUCUCAACAUUAUGACGGACCAUUCUAAAUAAAUGUCUUUAUUUGGCGUAAUCAGGAUGGCUUCCUAAACUGGCUUCUGCCGGGUGUGAGGUCAGAGGUCUGCAAGGUUUUGUUACAAUUUGCAGUUUCAUUUCUGGCAGAGGUAUUGACCUGGCUAAUAGGAGUGUGGGGAUGGGUUUUUGAGAGUUUCAAAUUGAACUGUUUGUGUGUGUGUGUGUGUGUGCUUUUGAGCAUUGAUUAUUUGUUUGCAUUUUAACGCCCGGCCACAGCGGACAAAGAUUUCAGAUUGUACUUUGAAUGUGUGUUUGACAAUCCCUCCUGGGUUACUGGGCUCUUAUUUUGUUUAAUUUCAUCUGUCUUAAAAUGAUAUACAAAGGUUUAAUUAUGGUUAAAAAGAACGUUGUUGGAUGUAUAUAUUGCAAGAAUCAAGAUGUAUUGUUCAUUAUUUUAUUAGUCUGAUAAGAAUAGGAUGUACUAUGUUUGUAAAUGAUUUUUCCGUUGGCCUGAAUGGUUAAGUCUCGACCCACCUUGCCAAUAGGCUUCCUAUUACAGGAUGAACUAUAUGAUUGUAGAUGCUUUCUACUUUGCAUUUGGUAAUCUACUGGUGUUUCAAUGUCCUUUAUAAUAAUAGAGACUAGAGAGAAAUAGACAGGAGCACACUGAGGUUGCAACGUAUUAUCUUUCACAUUUAAAAAAAAUAUUUUUCCUUUUUUCCCAAUUUCAUGGUAUCUAAUUGGUAGUUACCGUCUUGUCUCAUCGCUGCAUCUCCCGUAUGGGUGAGGGUCGAGAGCCGCGCGUCUUCCGAAACACAACCCAACUGCUUCUUGACACAAUGCCCACUAAACCCAGAAGCCAGCCGCACCAAUGUGUCGGAGGAAACGCCAUACACCUGGCGACCGUGUCAGCGUGCACUGGCGCCUGGCCCGCGACAGGAGUCGCUAGUGCGCGAUGGGACAAGGACAUCCCUGCCGGCCAAACCCUUUCCUAAUCCGGAUGACGCUGGGCCAAUUGUGUGCCGCUCCAUGGGUCUUCCAGUCGGGCUGGCUGCGACAGAGCCUGGACUCUAACCUAGAAUCUCUAGUGGCACAGCUAGCACUGCAAUGCAGUGCCUUAGACCACUGCCACUCGGGAGGCCUGGAACGUAUUGUCUGAAUUCAAAAAUACAGCUUAGUUUACAUGACUUGCAGCAUUUAUUUUGUCUUAAUUUGUAUUUUUACCAAUUUUGAUCAGUUUAAUAGUAAAUACAUAAUUGCUCUUACCAAUUUUACUGCAAUACUUGAAUAACUUUCACCUUAAAGCAAUGCGUCCAUUGCAAUGAUGUCUAAAUGUCAGGCUUUUCUACAUCUAAACAUUUGUAAAUAGCAAAAAAGUUACCUUGUACUUGCUAGUGAAAAUAAUCAGGAACUUUUUUUAUUUCAUGUUUUAAAUCAUUAUGUUUACAAUUACAGUAUUAUGUGCAGCAGUGGUAGCUAUAGACUAACAAACGACUGAUCACAAAAAUAACCUAUACAGUAUGAAUGGCUCUCAAUAGCAUUUUAUUUCGGUAUUGUGUUUUUCUGAUGUUACGGCAGUGAAACAUCAUACUUAACGCUCGGUCAAUUUGAAGUUUGUCCAAAUAAAACAGAAUAUAAGUAAAUAAUUUCCCCAUAGGAAUGUAGUUCAAUACCUGAAAUGACUGGCUAUGUAUCCACCUCAUUUUCAAAUGCUUUUAAAACACGGAAACCAUAUGCGGAAACUAUGGUUACAACUUCCUCAUAAUUCAUAUAUACAGUACCAGUCAAAGGUUUGGAGACACCUACUCAUUGAAGUCUUUUUAUUUGUACUAUUUUCUACGUUGUGGAAUAAUAGUGAAGACAUCAAAACUAUGAAAUAACACAUGGAAUCAUGCCGUAACCAAAAAAGUGAUAAACAUAUCAAAAAUAUAUUUGAGUUUCUUCAAAGUAGCCACUCUUUGCCUUGAUGACAGCUUUGCACACUCUUGGCAUUCUCUCAACCAGCUUCACCUGGAAUGCUUUUCCAACAGUCUUCUAGGAGUUCCCACAUAUGCUGAGCUCUUGUUGGCUGCUUUUCCUUCACUUGGAGCGGCAGGUAUUAAUAGUGUUUCAUAUCUCCUCAGACUAAUAUUAUUCUGUUGGUCCUGUGGGUACCUUUGCCACUGUUCCACCCCUUGUGUGUUGCGCUGUCAUGGUGUAUUUGUAUUUAGUGGUUGGAGCAUUGGGCUAGUAACCGAAAGUUGCGCAAUCGAAUCCCCGGCUGACAAGGUAAAAAUCUGGCAUUCUGCCCACUGUUCCUAGGCCGUCAUUGUAAAUAAGAAUUUGUUCUUAACUGACUUGCCUAGUUAAAUAAAUGUUUUUUUUAAAACAAGAAAAACAUCCCAAACCAUCUCAAUUGGGUUGAGGUCGGGUGAUUGUGGAGGCCAAGUCAUCUGAUGCAGCACUCCAUCACUCUCCUUGAUCAAAUAGCCCUUACACAGCCUGAAGGUGUGUUGGGUCAUUGUUCUGUUAAAAAACAAAUGAUUCUCCCACUAAGCGCAAACCAGAUGGGAUGGCGUAUCGCUGCAGAAUGCUGGGGUAGCCAUGCUGGUUAAGUGUGUCUUGAAUUCUAAAUAAAUCACAGAUCUUGUCACCAGUAAAGUACCCCCACACCAUCACACCUCCUCCAUACAGAUCAUACGUUCACCUACUCUGCGUCUCACACAGUGGUUAGAACCAAAAAUCACAAAUUUGGACUCAUCAGACCAAAGGAACAGAUUUACACCGGUCUAAUGUCAAUUGCUUGUGUUUCUUGGCCCAAACAAGUCUCUUCUUCUUAUUGGUGUCCUUUACUAGUUGUUUCUUUGCAGCAAUUUGACCAUGAAGGCCUGAUUCACGCAGUCUGCUCUGAACAGUUGAUGUUGAGAUUUGUCUGUUACUUGAACUCUGUGAAGCAUUUAUUUGGGCUAAAAUUUCUGAGGCUGGUAACUCUAAUGAACUUCUCUGCAGCAGGUAACUCUGGGUCUUUCCUGGUGCGGUCCUCUUGAGAGCCAGUUUCAUCAUAGCGUUUGAUGGUUUUUGCACCUGCACUGGAAGAAACUUUCAGAGUUCUUAAUGUUCCAUAUUGACUAACCUUCAUGUCUUUAAAGUAAUGAUGGACUGUCGUUUCUCUUUGCUUAUUUUAGCUGUUCUUGCCAUAAUAUGGACUUGGUAUUUUGGCAAAUAGGGCUAUGUUCUGUAUACCAUCCCUACCUGGUCACAAUACAACCGAUUGGCUCAAACACAUUAAGAAGGAAAGAAAUUCCACAAAUUAACUUUUAAUGCACACCUGUUAAUUGAAAUGCAUUCCAGGUGACUACCUCAUGAAGCUGGUUGAGAUAAUUCCAAGAGUGUGCAAAGCUGUCAUCAAGGCAAAGGGUGGCUACUUUGAAGAAUCUCAAAUAUAAAAUAUAUUUUGACUUGUUUAACACUGUUUUGGUUACUACAUGAUUCCAUAUGUGUUAUUUCAUAGUUGUGAUGUCUUCACUAUUAUUCUACAGUGUAGAAAGUAGUAACAAUGAAGAAACCCUGGAAUGUGGUGUUUCCAAACUUUUGCUUGGGACAUAUAUACAUUUAUAUACUGACUGUAUGACAUAUACUCUGAAAUUGAACGUACAUAUUUUUUGUUGUUACUUUUCUGCAAUAGUGCUAUUUGACAGAGUGGCAUUUUGACAGGUACAUAUCAGAUGUUUAGAAUUGGGACAUACUGUACUUAACCAAGUGUGUGUUAUAUUGGCACGAAAUGGGAUAAAACAUUUUCAAACAGGAAGGUAGUACCUGAAGUUGUUUAACAAUUCAGAAUUGUUUUGUGUUGCAAAAUUGUUGCUACAUUGUACCCAACUGAAUACGGCACAGGUGAACAUAAUGCUCAUGAUAUUGGUUUGUAUUUAUUUAACCAUGUGCAUAUCAAACAUAAUUGAAUGAAGGACAUUGUGUUUAUUUAUGAGUUUUUCAAAUUCUCAGUGGUAUAUGAUAUUUAUUUGCUAUGGAUCAGGUCAUUGAUAAUGCAUCAAUAUUGUACCAUGUAAUUAAUGUAGGGUAAUGUAAAAUGACUGCAGAAGUCUUUCCUUGGACUGUUAAAUCCAAAUCCAGGCACUCGUGUGGUUUGAAAGUUUAAAAAUGAUUAUUAUUAUUAAAAUUGUAUCCGCUUACUGUGUCUGAUACAAAAUGGAGGAGAUGCAGUUGUAUAGCCUUGACUCACUUUGUAUCAGACACCCUGAUGAAGGCCUAAGCCGAUGCGCAUUAGUGUAUUUUAAUAAUGUUGUAUCCCAUUAAUGAAAGGCUUCCUAAAGUUCAAACCCACCAGGUUCCUUGACUUUGAUUGUUUAUGCCACUUAUCACUUAUUUGAUGUUAUAAUUUUCCCAUAUGCUUUUCAAUUCCUAUUCCCCUCAAAGAGCACCUGUGGUUUUGUAAUACCUGAAGCGCUUCUGCUCUGUUUGUUUUUUAAGGUGUUAUAGACAUUGGAGUGACAAAUAAAACUUCUCAACCCUG